AUGUUUUUUGAGCUCUGGAGAAGAGAAACAAGCUCACGAGUUCACAAUUUGGGUCGCUUCUGGGCUUGCGAAGGCGAGAUGACCUGCUCACCGCAUACUGUUCCAUACAGUAUUUGGCGACUGGGAGUUUUCCGUGAUCUUUUUCUUUCUCGAAGCCAUGCUCAAUUGUCACAGAAAGGCCAACAACGAUGUCUUUCGUCAGCUAGAAAACUCCGCGCUAACUAUGCAAACAAGGCGAAUAACGAAGAUGCAUCAUCCUCUGCAAAAUCGACAGACUCGAAUGUCGAACAUGCCACUAAAACCCGUCCUUCUGACUCCCUCCCGCGUUCACCUCUCUUUGCAAUGGCCCAAUGCCGACAAAUGGGCAGCAGAACACGCAAACCUAAAGGAACCAAAGCCGAUGAUGCUCGACUUCAGAACAACCCCUGGGCUAUGGCGCUUGCUUCGCCCAUACGUCACUGUCGGAUGACAGGAGCGCGCCUCCCGAAAGCAUUCUUAACGGACAUGGGCUUGAUCAAGCGAAUCACCCCAGCUCAAGAGAAUAAUAUGAACCCCCGAAAAGCAACCCCCUUAUGGUGGAUGCCAACUGGGCUCCUAAACGACGAGCUCAAAGCUAUCGCGGAUCUAUCGAAAAAUAACGCCGAUGCAGCACCCAUGAUGCCAUCGAACUACAAUUCCGCCGUUAUGCGAAUGCUCUCUCGCUCUCUUCUUUUCGAAUAUGUAACGCCUUCUGGCGGCGAUAAAGUGAAACCCGGGCGUUUUAUUCCGGUCAACUGGCGAGUCUCGCAUAACAAAUUGAGUGAUCCGGAAAUCAAAGCAGUGACCUGGCGUCCGGAUAUGUUCAAAUUUGUCCUCAAGUACAUGAGACGCAAUGUUGUCAAGGCACUUAAAGAGGCCUAUCGGUAUGAAAAUAUCAAGAGAGAUACCGCUGAUCAAUGGCGGGCUUUACAGCUGUCCGAGUUAUCAGUUACUGGAUUGGUCGAAGGAUUACGACGUAUUGAAAUGACAGAUAUGAAAACUGGGGCUGUGGUGAUAGUUGGCGACCCAGAAGAUACAGAAACCAAGACGCCCUUUGUAUCGAGUUUUCCGGAUUAUGUCACUCUGCCACAGACGAGAUCGGCUGUACCAGUUUACGAUUUAAGUACGCUGUUGUCAGCUUCUGUUCGUGAUGCACUUCGACAGUGCAUUCCUCGAUUUAACGAAAAAGCGCUGUUCUUCCGUCCCGAUGGUCCGAAAUCUGUGGAUGCCAUGUUGGCUAUGUGGGAACUGAAGGGAUUCGUUAUGCAUGAUACUGCAUUCUUUUCGGAAUCACUUCAACUGAAGUCCCCCUGA